CUUUUAAAGGUUUUUGCAUGUUCUGUGGGUUUUUGCCCAUAAAAAGAAAUAGAGGUUAAGAAAAUACAGAGAGGGAGAAAAACAGAGAGGAUGAAUUCGAACUGUGUGUGAUCGAUCAAUGGAUUUGAAAUCAUUGUAGAAUUCUGAAAGAUUUCUGGAAUUCUGUAAUCCUUGUUGUUUCCGCUGGAUCGCGCAAUUCUGUACGGAAUUUGAGUUCAUUUGUUGAUGAAUACUUGGGAAUUCCGCAUGCUUGUUUGAUCCUGUGAACGUUGAUGAGAAGUUAAUUGGAUCUUGCGGAACAAGGUGUCUUUUGUGUUUGAGGAGUUCUUAUUCUGUUGUAUGCCUGAGAUGGAGUUGAAGAAGAGGAUACAUUAUGGAUUUAAUGGCUUUCAGGUUCCGACUAUACCUAAAGCUCCCAGAUCAGCUCGAGGGAGGUGUCCACUUAAGAAGACAGUUGAUGAUGGCCAAAUAUGCGCAUUUGAAAUGCUGGCAUCUUUGGCUGGCAAGCUGUUGGAAGAGAGUGAAAGCUCUUCCGCCUCUAGCAUUGCAUCUGAAGGAAAUGACCUGCCUUUGAUCAGUGAUGCUGUAAUUAAACAAGAACAGAAAGAUGAAAAUGAGCCACUGAUAGCUGAUUGCCUUAAUCAUGGGAGUUGUGAAGAGAGUGCUUUUGUCCCUGAGUUGGGUUUGCGAAAGAGGGAUGGGAAGUGCUUUUUGAAGGAAAUUCCAGCCGACGAAUGUGAUUCUAUUCUGGAACGUGCUUCAAUAACCAGAAAUUCUGAUUUCUCAGAGAAACUCAGCAGUGAUGUGAAGUCUGUUAUUUGCAAAAUUGAGACGACUUCUGGAGAUUUUCGUGGGGUGACAGAGGGAGGUUCUCCUGAUCUUGUGGAGUCUUGUGAUGGCAAAUUAGAGAAUCGAUUUGGAAGGCAGCAAGAGGCUGAGAAGUUGGUUGCUGGAUAUAUGACUAUGAAUAUCGCAAAUGGUUCAAAGUAUCCCAUGGAUUUGUGUUUGGAAUUUCCUGCAUUGGUCAAUUUAGGCAGUAAAGUCGAAUUGCCAACAUGCCUGGAUCCUGUUCCCGAUGCUUCUUUUACUAGGCACAGGAAUGGUGUUAAAUUAGGUAGUAGAGAUGAUGAUGAAAAAUUUCUUAGGUGCUCCAAAUUUAGCACCAAUAUAAAAGCUUUUAGGGCUCUAACACGAACUGGAGGCCGAAGAAUUAGGAAGUUGCUGACAUCAAAAUAUUGGAAAGUGCCUCCAAAAUUGAAGGACUAUGACACUGAAGAAACUGAUGGUGGACUAAAGCCUUUUCUGUGUCACAAGAGAAAGAUAUAUCAGAAUCGUGGAAGAUGCCAAUAUAACAGUCUUUACAAGAGGAGGAAAAUUUCUGAUCGAAGUUCGGUCAUGAUUUCUGAUGGUGGGUUCAGUAGUGAUAGUGUUUCUAAUUCUCCUGAUAAGGGCCUGAAGAGGGAGAAGAAUGGAGGGAAUGGAGUAUCACCUGGAGUUAUGGGGCAUCAAGCAACCUUCCACUCCAAGGAUUCUCAUGUGAAGUUAAGCAUCAAAUCCUUCAGGGUACCAGAGCUUUUCAUUGAAGUCCCAGAGACAGCAACUGUUGGUUCAUUGAAGAGGACAGUUAUGGAGGCAGUGAGUUCCAUACUUGGAGAUGGUUUACAUGUUGGUGUAGUUCUUCGAGGAAAGAAGGUUAGAAAUGACAACAGAACCCUUUCACAGACUGGCAUUUCAUGUAAAGACAAUUUGGAUAGUCUGGAUUUCACAUUGGAGCCUAAGACUGUGCAAGCUCCUCCUCCUGUAUGUGCAGCUGAUCCAUGUGACACUUCUCAACUUGUAUCUAGGUCCCCAGAGAAUCCUAUUUUUUAUUCAGGGAACUCUGAUGCCUUACCUAACCCAACUUCACUGACCAAUUCGGGCAAUAAUGUUGAAUGCAAUAAUGAAUCAGUGACAUCUGAUGCUGACACAACAGUUGACCAUUCUAGAGCUCUGGUCCCAGUUCCAGCUAUGAAUAUUGAGGCACUUGCCAUGGUCCCUGCAAACCAGAAACCUAGGCGAUCUGAAAUUGUACAGCGUAGAACAAGGAGGCCUUUUUCCGUGGCAGAAGUAGAAGCGCUGGUGCACGCUGUUGAGGAACUCGGAACUGGAAGGUGGCGUGAUGUUAAAUUGCGUGCUUUUGAGGAUGCAGACCAUCGAACUUACGUGGACUUGAAGGACAAAUGGAAAACAUUGUUUCACACGGCAAAAAUUGCGCCUCAGCAAAGAAGGGGUGAACCAGUGCCACAGGAGCUGUUGGACAGAGUCUUAGCUGCGCAUGCGUAUUGGUCGCAUCAUCAAAUGAAGCAACACGCGAAGCUUCAUCCCGGAAUUCCGAGUGUUACAGAAACUCACCCUGAGAAAGAAAGAACAGAAGGUAUCCCACUCAUAGUGUAAAAAUUGAAAAAUGUUGACAGAUCAUAGCCAUAGGAAAAGCCAAUUGUAAAGAUCAUUCAAUGUAAUAUAUUCACACACUCACAUGAUUGAUUCAUUGCCGCUAAUUUCCUGCUUGGAUAGUCUGGCAUCUGUGAAUAAACUUAAUGGAAUAAGGUCAUUCUAACAUGUCCACAUAAUUUA